AGCAAGAUUCAUACUAAUCAGAAGCAGCAGCAGCAGCACAGUUCAGUGUGGUUGAAUCUGUCUCCUCCUCCGGCUGCUCCCCGCACCUCGUCCCCGCACCUCCCGCAGUCUACCGCCGCCUGCCUCCUGCAGCCGCCUCCCGGGGACCGAUGGCCCGCAGAGUCCUCCUCGCUGUGCUCGUGUCAGCGCUGGUGUCCGCGGUGUCCGCGGGACUGUUCUACAGCCAGAAGCAGCCCUGCUACGUGCGCGCUCCCAGGAAUCAAUACGUCGGACUCAAGACCUAUCCUCGACCUCAUGAGUAUUUAAACAUAUCCGAUCUGCCCAAGGCGUUGGACUGGAGGAACAUCAGCGGCGUAAACUAUGUCAGCACAACCCGUAACCAGCACAUUCCCCAGUACUGUGGCUCCUGCUGGGCUCAUGGCAGCACCAGUGCCAUGGCAGAUCGCAUCAACAUUAAGCGGAAAGCAGCGUGGCCGUCUGCCUACCUCUCUGUCCAGAAUGUGAUCGACUGCGCUGACGCCGGCUCUUGCCACGGAGGCGAUCACACCGGAGUUUGGCAGUACGCCAGCAAACAUGGGAUCCCAGACGAGACCUGCAAUAAUUACCAGGCUAAAGACCAGAAAUGUAAGCCCUUCAAUCAAUGUGGCACGUGCACCACAUUCAAUGUGUGCAACAUAGUGCAGAACUAUACUCUGUGGAAAGUGGGAGAUUAUGGAGAUGUCAGCGGGAGAGAGAAGAUGAUGGCAGAGAUCUCCACUGGAGGACCAAUCAGCUGUGGGAUUAUGGCGACAGAGACGCUGGACGCAUACACCGGAGGGAUCUACUCUGAAUACCAGGAGUCGCCUGGCAUCAACCACAUUGUGUCGGUGGCAGGAUGGGGAGUGGAGGACGGCGUGGAAUUUUGGAUUGUGCGCAACUCCUGGGGAGAGCCGUGGGGGGAGAAGGGCUGGCUCAGGAUCGUGACCAGUGCCUACAAGGGAGGAAGUGGCAGCACCUACAACCUGGCGUUGGAGGAGGACUGCAUGUACGGGGACCCAAUUAUCGGGAAAGGCGCCCUCUAGAGGAGACCUGUGGCCACAGUGUCGUCGGGAGUCUUACUGCACAUGCUCAUGUCUUCCUGUCUCAGGCAGAGGGGGGGAUUUUUUUAUGUAAUAGCUUGAAAAGGGAAAUUCAAAUUUUUUAAUGUUUUAAGAUAUCUUAGGUCAGAUUUUCAGCUGAAUAUUAGACCUGCUUGAAUCAACGUAGAUUCGUUUUUUAUCACAGUGACGCGUGUCGACUUUUUCAACGGUUUGAAACUUUUAAAUGGCGGCGGAGGUGAAACUCAUCUCUGAAACAUUCAGCCACUGAAGCUGUGUUUAACAGCUGUUUUAUAGGAUGAAUACAUUCAGUUGACAUAAUUUAAAAUGAUGUACACAAAGCACGUUUUUUCAAUGCAAUGCAAAGUGACUCAGCCAAAGAACACGGCUGUUUGUCCUGCACAGCUCCGACACUGAAUGGUUUCAUUGCCUGAUGUUUAUGUUUUGACUGAAUUGACACAGAAUUUGUGCACAAAUCAUUUGAACAUGUGCCUUACAUGCAGUCAGUGUAGAGAUACAAUUGAUGUUAUUUUCUUUUUGCUUUCCUGCUGAACAAUCUACACAUCACAUGUUGAAAACAGCUCAUAUCUGUUAUCUCAAACUAUGCCAAUAAACACAAGUGACGCUC